CUUUUCCGCCGUCCCUGACAUAGCACAAGCAACACCGUCGACAUCCAUAUGGAGUUCCUAGUAUGCGCAAGGAGAUAAUUGACCCAGCAUGAACGAACAGGGAGCGGACGGCGGCAAGGGGGUGGACAAGAUCACUCAAGCAGAUAUGUCCGCUGGAUCGGUCGACACCGCCACGGCCUGCGCAGGUGCCACCACCGAGGCCGCACCCGGCCCCGGAGACGCACAACGUCCGAGUACCACCACGCCCGCAGCCAUGAACAUCGCAUCAGCCAGCUCCACGCCAGGCCACCACCUGCUGAGCGAAGCCGCCGACGACAACGACCCGGCCGUGACCCCCAGCAGCGUCCCCAGGUCCCUGGGGCUGAGGCUGUACGUGUCCCACUUCCUGUCGACGUGGAACUCGCGCGUCUUCGAGUUCGGCGCCGCCCUGUUCCUGACGUCCAUCUUCCCGGGGACCCUCCUGCCCGUCUCCGUCUACUCGCUCGUCCGGAACGCCGGCUGCAUCGUCUUUGCGCAGCCGGUGGGCAGCUGGAUCAACAGGGGCAACCGGCUCAGCCUCAUCCGGGCGAGCAUCGUCGGCCAGAGGGUCCCCGUCGCGGCGAGCUGUGCCCUGCUGCUCAUGCUCCUGGUGAGGAGGGACGAGCUGGGGUCUGGGAGGAACGGCGGCGUGUUUGCUGUCAUUGUCUUGCUGGCCGUGUUGGAGAAGCUCUCGGCGACUAUGAACCUGAUCUCGGUGGAGAGGGACUGGGUUGUCGUUAUUACGGAGAACAAUGAAGUUGCCCGUCGAAAAAUGAACGCUCGCAUGCGCCGCAUCGACCUUUUCUGCAAGCUGAUGGGGCCACUGACCGUGUCUCUUGUCGCGAUAGCCUCCACGGAGGUCGCCAUCUGGACAACCCUCGGCAUGAACAUGGCCUCCGUCGUCGUCGAAUACGUCGCCAUUGAGCAGGUCUACAGGCGCGUCUCCGGCCUCAAGCGCACCUCCGAGGUUGUUGCUCCCUCGGGCCGUAGAAACUCGGCUGCUUCGACCCAGACCACAGGGGCAUACCGCGGGAGUCGCCUGCGGUCCGUGAAGCCCAGGGUGCUGCACGGCAUCCGGGGCAUCCUCCCCAUCGAGUCCCUCCCACUCUACUUCAGCCACCCGGCCUUCCUCGCCUCAUUCGCCCUCUCGCUGCUGUACUUCACCGUCCUCUCCUUCUCCGGCCAGAUGAUCACCUACCUCGCCUCGGUCGGGUAUUCCCCGCUGCACAUUGGUAUCGCCAGGGUCGGCAGCAGCAUCUUCGAGAUCAGCGCGACAUGGGCCGCGCCGUACCUGAUGAAGAAGAUUGGGGUUGUCCGCGCGGGCAUCUGGAGCCUGGCCUGGCAGAUGACGUGCCUCGCUGGUGUGCUGGCGUGGUACUUCUCCGACUUCGAGGGCAAGGGCACGAACAGCAUCUUCUCGGCUACCGGGCUCGCUGUCGGAGUGGCGUUGAGUCGGAUUGGGCUUUGGGGAUUCGACUUGUGCGCUCAGAAUAUCAUCCAGGAUGAGGUCGAGGAUGAUCAUCGUGGCACCUUCUCCGCAGUCGAGGCGUCGUUUCAGAAUCUUUUCGAGAUCUUGUCAUACGUGACGACGAUCAUCUUCUCACGGCCUGAUCAGUUCCAGUGGCCUGUCGUCAUCAGCGUUGGUGCCGUUUAUGCAGCGGGUGGGCUGUAUGCUUACUUCCUCAGAAAGCGCCGUGGGCAUUUGUUCCAUGCCCCGCGCUGCGUAUGCAUCAAGGCCUGAUUGAAAAAUCAAGAAAGGUUUUAAAAGUUGGCUGCAUGAAUAAAGGGUAGAAAGAAUGUUUGCGAGCUUCUCAAGAAUAG